AUGUUACAACAAUUCGCAGAAAAGAGAGAAUUUGAAAAAGAAGAAGAGAAUAAUCUAGACUCUAACAACCAUCCCCAAACCAAAAAACUCAAAAUCCUGCAUUCCGAUACCACAACCGCUUUAGAGGAACGAAUCCUUUCACUCGAACACUCCAAUCAACUCUUAUCGCAACGCGUUUCUUCUCUCGAGCAUUCCCUUCAACUCAUUCUCGAAUCAUCAAAUUCCAAAAAGACAAGAUCCAAAACCACAAAACCACGAAAACAAAAAGGAAACGAACCAUCCCAAGAAGAAGGAUCAACUGAAACAGGACACAGCACUCAGCAUCCAGCAGAUCAGGUAGAUUCUACUCUUUCUUCGUCCAGUCAUUCAAACACCAACAACAACAACAAUACGGAUGAAUUAGAACAACAAAACAAUGGAUUUUGGAUAUGUUUCAAUGAUGAUUUCAAACAUGCGUUUCUCUAUCCUCCAUCCACGAUCGGAAUGUUGAAUGAAAAUAAUUACUUGACAGGAGCCAUGAAUGUUUCAUCAUCAUCUUCAUGUACUGGAUCAGCAUCAUUAGGUUCCAAAUCCAAUCCUCUGGAAUUACCUCCUGGUAUUGAUUCGGCUCUGAAAAAACAUUUGAAAAAUCACUUUACGAAUGGUGUUGAUAUUUAUCCUGAUUUGAAUAAGAAGAUUUUACCCAAAUUGGAAAAUGCUGCUAAUCUCUUAUGUUGUGCCUCAUUGUAUGUGCAAUUAAUGUUAUCAAAAUUAUAUUCCAUUUUGGAAAAGGAUUCUUCAUUGAAUUCAAAAUAUCAAAGAUAUUUGGCCAGCCUUUCCAAAAAGAAAUCAAGUAAUAAUAAGGAACAAGCUUGGUAUGACUUGUUUUUAGAAGAAAUUGUCAUUUGUUAUCAGUACUUGUUGAAAGUUCUCGAGCAAGAAGGUUCUUUGGAAUAUUUAGAACACAAAACUCGAACCUUAUUGCAAUCUCCAUCAGUUUCAGUCGAUGUUUUGGAAGAAGUUGUGAGUCGUGGAGGCAAUGAUUCGAAUUCUAUUAUACGAAAAUUCACCAUACGUGGUUUGGAUAAUCAUGAAAACGUGUCACUCUUAUUUUCGUGGGCCUUAAGAGAGCUACAAAAAGGACACUCUGAAAAUUUUCAAUGCAUGAUGGCUUUGAUGUUGUACAAAUAUUCAGAUCAAGACAAGGCAUUGGAAAUGUUGAAAAAGAAUGAGUCUGGUAUUGCUCAACAAUUUCUAGCCAACUUGGUUGAUCUGAAUUCCUCUUCAGAUCAGGAAGACAUUUCCGAACAAGACUCUUUAGAAGGAGAUUCUCAAGAAGAGGAAGAAUGA